UAUCUUCUUAGUUAAAUUGUGUAAUACUACAGGUAAACCAAAGGAGGCACCUGGUGUGAAAACGCUGUUGUUGAAAUGUUAGCAGCUGUUCGUUCACUCACAAACUAAGAGCUACAACAAGAGAGUUGUCCUCACAUUGUGGGUAUUUAAAGCUUACAGAACACAUGUGCAAUCAGACACUAGACAGAAGCGAGAUGUUUUUGGAAGGUUGAGAGAGAGAGGGCGAGAGAGAGAGGGAGUGCAGUCAAAAAAGGAAGCUAAAGCCAACCACAUUCUGAAUGUGGAAAUGACAGAGGAAGGAAUAGGCUCAGAUUAAGAACUGCCUGCUUUCUUUAAAUGAAAGCUGUGGAUAGAGUGGAAGACGGAAACUAGGGGAAGAUAACAUCCUUCCCCAAAUCUCUGGACCUCUUCUUGCUGUUGGAGUGGGUUUUUGAGUGCUUGUGAGUCAGCGACUGCCACACUAUGUGGGCACUGGUGACUGAGCUGCUGUUCAGCUUCGUGCUGUUGGCCUUCAUGGUCAUCAGCUGCCAAAACGUCUUGAAUAUCGCCAGCAGCUCUGUCCGAUCGGUGCUGGCCUACAUACACACUCAGCUGGAUCGUGAGUUGGGUGAGAAUGAAGGUGUGGCUGAUGAAGAGGAAAACGUCACCACUCGAGUUGUGCGCCGCAGAGUUAUACUGAAGGGUGAUGAGGCAGAGGAUCUUCCAGGACAGCAAGUGAGCGAGGAGCAAUUUACAGAUGAGCAUGGCAACAUCGUCACCAAAAAGAUUGUGAGGAAGGUGGUCCGGAGAGGAAAAGGGGAUGAAGGGGGUCAGGAGCUCAUCAUAGAAGGGCAGGAUAUCAAUGAGGCAGACGCUGAUGGAGAACUGUUCAUGAGAUAUGCCGUCCUGGGCCAUGACAGCAAGCCGGAUGUUGUGAAUGUGAAGAGGGGAGGUGCUCAAAUAGUCAAAUGUGUGAGUCUGCGGAGAGUAAAGCAGUGAGUCUGACUCACUCCUCCCUGCAGGACUUGACACCUACAUCCAAACCAUCCUUCACUGACACAUGAUGGGUGUCAAAUAAAGAAGAAAACUGAGUUAGAGCAUGGGCGAUAGGCGAUGGAUAUCAACUACAAAAAGAGAUUUUCUGACUUUUUGUAACAAGCAAAGCAAACACUAGCGGCUAGAGGCAUGAUUUCCUAUAAAAUGAAACCAAAUAAUGAAAAAAAGCAAGCAUUUGAGAAGUGCUUCCUGUAAUCUCAAUAUCAGCAUGUGAAAGUGCUGUCGCAUGGCCUGCCUUUACAUACAGCACUGACUGCAAGCAAUUAUGAGGAGAGAAAAUACUGUCGUACUGCAAGGGCUGUAAAAUAGUGGGGGGAAGGACUUUGGCCAACUGGAUACAUGCACUUAACAUCAUGCAAGUGGAGCACAUGGGACUCAAGUUUUAGUCAAAUCCAGCAAGAGUUUCCCAAAAUGUUGUCUUCCAAGCGAGUCCAGAUACACUAAGGAGGAGUUUGACCCUCUUGUACUGGUAUUAUACAUAAUAUGCACUCAGAUAUGAUGUGAAUGCACUCUCCGUGUGCGUGUGUUCUUUUUCACAGCCAAAAAAAAAAGAAGAAAAAAAAGACAACAACCUAUGCGAUGAUUAUGCUGCUGUCUCAAUACUUGCUCCUGAAUUCUUGUUCAGUCCAAUAGUAUGUGUCUUGUGUAUUGUAAAGGUAUAAUUGUGUAGCAAAUGAGCUUUGAAGUCCUGUGUUGCCUGAGAUAUACUAGGCUCAAGGGUUACAAUUUGUGCAGUUUAAAUGUUUUCAGUGGGAUACAGUACUUUGGACAUAUUUUAAAAUCACUGUGCGGCUCUAUACAGUAUGUACACGUUUGAUGCGCUGCAGCAAGAUUUUUUUUUUUUGUUCUGUAUACAUUGCAUACCUCUGUGUAUAUGAACCCUGAGCUUCCUCUUAAUAACUCGAUAUGCACAGAGGAGCUUAUAAGCAUUAUAUUAACAUUUGCAUCAUCCACCUUCAGCAUUUGCUUUAUUCCAAAUAACCACUAGUGGGAAGACUUUCUUCUGAAUCCUUAAAACCAAAAAAGCAAUAAUUUGUCUUUGUCUUGUUAUAAAUGAUAGUUAAAAAGUCUAACCUUUCAUUAGUAGUAAAAAUGUAGAUAAAGGCUGUCAGUAGAUUCAAGUUAUUACUCACAACUAAACUUGUAGUUUGUUUUGUAGGUAAUAAUUCAGCAUAUUCAUUAUUAACUUAUAAAAACCUAAAAAGUUAUGUUCCGAAGAUUUUUGGGAACACUUUAUAAUAAUGUUCCAUCUGUUAAUAAGAAUUAGUUAACAUAAACUAAUGAAAACUACUUCUUAAGCAUUUAUUAGUAUAUGUUAAUUUCAAUUUACUAAUAGUUAAUUAAAAUCCAGCUUGUAUCUUUUCAUAAUAUUUAACAUAUUUGAGUCCACAAUGAAUAGUUUUUUUAUUCAUGUUAUUAAAAAAUGAAUAAAUAUUGUAACAAAUUAUUCAGCGUUAGUUAAUGUAUUAUCAAUGUUAACUAAUAGGACUUUACUUGUUGUAAAGUGUUACCAAAUUUUUUAUUGAUAACUUCAAAUUACUAAAAACAAGUCUACUUAACAUUAGAGGAGAAUGAAACCAGUUCUAUAUAUUCAAAAUGAAUGGCACUAAACUCACAAACUCUGGGAGCCCAAAAAUCGUUUUUCCUAGACAUGUCACAAUUAUAGCCAUCCCUGCAGUAAUCGCCCUUCCAGUGAUUUCUAUUCAGUUUUCUCUUUUCUGAGGCCAUAUGUCCAGUUUUGAGAGUCUUCCUCGGGAUACUUAGUCUUUUCUAUACUCUUACACAAUAUUAAUUCCACAUCUAUUUGUAAUAAUCUUUGAAUGAACGAAUGGCAAUUAGAUUGCUUGGUUUGCGAAAUUUGUUAAACAAAUAAUAAUAUUUAUAAUAAUAGUAAAUAAUAGCAAUAUUUUUACUUUACUGAAAGGUUAGAUUUUUUUCUCAUCUUUUGAGCAUAACAGAUAAAAUUUGUUGACAGUAUUUUUUAUUUAUUUAUUUAUUUUGUUGUUGUUUAUUUAUACAGAUGAUGCUAAUACUCAUGGUGUGCACUAUAUAUUGCUUUUAGGGGAAAACAACACAAUCUGUAUUGGUUCUCAUUUUUGAUGCCAAACAUUUUCACUGAUAUAAUUAGAUGUGUAAUAAUUUUCAGGCACUCUACACAUGCUUGACAAAAAGGUGUGAACACUCCAGACACAUUCUUUGCCUUUCUUAAGCUUGAUGAAGACACGUAGCCACUGAGCACUGUGAUCAGACUGUUUACUGUCCCACAACAGAACAGAGCUGACUUGCACACACAUGCACAAAUUAAAUAUAAUGUGGAUUACCUGGUCUGCACUUAGGUUAUUCUUUGCCAGCACUUCAACCACUCGUAUAUUUCU